ACAUGUCAGACUAUUGGGUCUGCAAAGAUAAUUAACUGUACACCAUGCUCUGAAGCAGAGAGGACAACUAUGGCCAUCAAAUAUUGUGUUGACUGUACAACAUAUGUAUGUCAGAACUGUUUAAAUGACCACAACAAGUUUGCAGCAUUACGUAAACAUCAGAUUGUGAAGAUCACAGAAGUUAAUGAGCUGCCAGGUGACACAGAUCAAGUCCAGGGAAAAAAAUCAGUGGAAUGUGGAAGUCAUUAUGGACAAUACGUUGACAGAUAUUGCAAAGACCAUGAUGAAGUGUGUUGCAGUGUUUGCGUGACAAUUAAACACAGGUUAUGCAAAGAAAUAACUGGAAUAGGAACAGUUGCUGAGGGAAUUAAAGAAAGUCAAGAAUUUUGCAAUCUAAAAUCUUCCUUGGAGAAGCUGAGAAAAUCUGCUACACAGGAAAAAAUAUAUCGAAAUCAAAACUUAAAAGAUAUGAUAGAGGAAAAGAAGCACAUCUUGGGUAAUAUUGAUGCAUAUGAAUUGUGGUUAAUACAAAAGAUAAGAGUUCUAGGUAAUUCAUCGAGAAAAAAUAUCAUAGCAGCUCAUGCAAAACAAGAAGAUGCAGUCAAGGCUGAUAUUAAAGAACUAGACUUGGUUAUAUCAGGUUUGAAAAAGAGCUUAAAUCACAUUAACAGAGAUGGCAUGAAUGAAGUGGAGACUUUCAUAUCAAAGAAGAACUACCAGGCAACUUUGGAAGAGUUGCAGAAAAUUGUGACAGAUCUUUCUGGCAAUUGGCUGCAGACUUCUCUUUUUUACAAGUUCAUUGAUGAUGUCAUACCUCAAGAAAUCACAGCAUUUGGGGAAGUUGUUGAAGAAACAAAGGAAAGUCCUGAAUUUUGUCUACAACUCAAGCAAUCUGUUUCUAGUAAAUGCAGAAGUGACAGGAACAAGUGUAGUAUUAAUGAAAUAUGUCAACUGCCUGACAGUACUGUGGUAAUAACAGAUGCCAAUAAUUCUAAGCUUAAACGACUGAGAGAUAAUUUGGAGGUGAAAGAUUAUAUUGAUUUAAAUGAUACCCCAGAAUGUAUGUGUGUAACAAAACCACAUGAGGUUGCCAUGAUUGUACUAGGGAGAAAAAACCUGGUUCAGUUUGUAAACAUUGAUGAAAACAUGACUUUAGAGUCAUCAUUCACUAUAGAAGAAGGAAAAUGCACCAAGAUUGAUUCUGACCCUACAGAAAAUUUACUGUAUUUUUGUUGUGAAAUGAAAACCUCCAGAUUAAGGUGCAAUCAUAGAUAUUGUGUAAUUGUCUACAAUAAAAAAGGUCAAUAUUUAUCAAUAUGUAAAAAUGUGGAAUUUGCAAGUCAAAAAUUUUGUGAGCCAUUGAAGAUACUUAUCAGUUUAGAUACUUUUGAUGUAAUUGCUUCAGAUACUAAAAUAUAUAAAUUUAGUAAGACAAGUAUGAAACAAAAGGCAACCAAUAAAUGCUUUGGGUGUAAUGAUGCAAGAUACUCGUGUCUAUGUAUGUUGUCUGCAGGGAGGAUCAUAUUUGCAGAGACGGCAAUAUUUGGAUUAAGGUCUUUGAAAUUAUUACAUGAGACACAGCUAAAAACACUUCAAUUAGAAGAAAUAUUUCCUGUGCAAGCAUUACUUUUCGACAAGCAGAAUUCUACACUUAUUGUUGCAGGAGAGUCAUGUCAGAUCAAAGAAUACCGAAUGGACUCAAGGAUACUAUAUCUUCUAAAAGAAUAAACAAAAAUAGGUACUGAAAAGAUGCAAAAACAUUGUAAGAAAUCCCAGACAUUUGCAUUCAGACAAAAACAUAAUAUGGUAAAAUCUCUGUCAAACACUUUACAGACAUGCAUUCACCAGGCUAUAGUGGUUGUUUCAUUGUAUCAGUGCAAAACAUGAAUUAUACAAUUUUGUUACAAAAUAUAGUAUUACAUGUAUGUUA